AUGAGGACUGUCUUCCUGCUGGGUCGACAAUGUCUUCGACAAGGCCUGCAGCAGUCCACGCCCUUUGUCGCCCGCGCGCCAACGCGCUCAUUCGUCUCCGCCGCGCGCCGACAGUUCGCAACACCUCGAUUUGGCGGUAAAACAAUACUAUGGUCCGGCGCUGCUGCAGUAGGUGGGGUAGCCCUCAGCCCUCUUGCAUUUGUUGAGAUCAGUCACGAUAAGUCUGGGAAUGGAGAGAAGACGCAAGAAGAGGCCAUGCUUGAGGCUUCGAGAAAAGAACUUGCAGAACAAGUCCCCAAAGCUUUGGAGAACUCAAAGAAGUACAGGCGUGGGAUCUAUUUUUUCGUGGAAGACUACAUAAUCGAGCCCAUAGCUACGGGCUUGCGGUUUCUGCACCUGGUCAUUAUAUUCGUACCCGUCAUUGUGACGAUACCUGCGAUCUGGAUUGGGUCCAGGAAAGCCGAUAGAGACAACGAGAGGAGUGGAACAUUGUGGUGGUAUGGAUUCCUCGUCAGCUCAAUGGAGCGGGCUGGGGCGGCCUUCAUCAAGCUAGGACAAUGGGCCGCCUCCCGAACGGAUAUUUUCCCCACGGAGAUGUGCUCGAUCAUGUCUACCUUACACUCGAACGCCCCCGCACAUUCGCUUGAGACAUCGAAACGGACAGUAGAAGCUGCCUUCAAUGGGCGUCGGUUUGACGACAUUUUCGAGGAAUUCGACGAGCAGCCCCUUGGCGUGGGUGCAAUUGCACAGGUCUAUAAAGCCAAGCUCAAGCCGGAUCUAGCUACAUUACAGGAUAACACCAUUGACCAAGAAGAGCCGAACUUUGCGCGGAGGAUCAAGAAGAACGUUGACGCAACACUGAAGAGUACGCCGCAGAGAGUGCCUUCAAGUCAUGUUGCUGUCAAGGUCUUACAUCCUAAGAUUGAGAAGAUCGUCCGAAGAGACUUGCGCAUAAUGGCCUUCUUUGCAGCUGUGAUCAACGCAAUCCCGACGAUGGAGUGGUUUUCAUUUCCAGACGAGGUAGAGCAAUUUGGUGAGAUGAUGAGGCUACAGCUCGAUAUGCGUAUUGAGGCUGCCAACCUGACCAUCUUCCGCCAAAAUUUCAAGGAUCGAUCAACGGCCUGGUUCCCGUACCCUUACACUGAGUACUCGACCCGCAAUGUCCUGAUAGAAGAGUUUGCACAGGGCAUACCUAUGGAAGACUUUCUGCAGAACGGCGGAGGAGUCUUCCAGAAGGACAUUGCUGAUGAGGGGCUCGACGCUUUCCUGAACAUGGUUCUCAUCGAUAACUUCAUCCACGCUGAUUUGCACCCCGGCAAUAUCAUGGUGCGGUUUUACAAGCCCGAGAAGCUUGAUGUACCAAUCUUUACUCGCAAAGAGAAUCGCACCACUGGACCUAUCGAAUCUACUGAUGUCACAGAGGAGGUACUAGAACGCCUGCGACCGCAUCGCAAGAACCCCGAACAGUGGAAGGCUCGACUACGGGAAAUUGACAACGAAGGUUACCGACCGCAACUUAUCUUCAUUGAUGCAGGACUGGUGACGGAGCUUAACGGCAAAAACCGUACAAACUUCCUAGACCUUUUCAAAGCAGUGGCUGAGUUCGACGGUUACAAAGCAGGACACUUGAUGGUCGAACGAUGUAGGCAACCUGAGGCCGUUUUGGACGGCGAGGUGUUUGCUCUACGCAUGCAACAUCUGGUCUUGGGUGUCAAAAGUCGCACUUUUGCUCUUGGUAACAUCAAGAUUGGAGACAUUUUGAACGAGGUUCUGUCGAUGGUGCGAACGCAUCAUGUUCGUCUAGAAGGUGACUUUAUCAACGUUGUCCUCAGCAUCUUGCUCUUGGAAGGCAUUGGCAGGAAUCUGAACCCGGAACUGGACCUCUUCGCUGGCGCUCUUCCGAUACUGCGACAGCUUGGUGCUCAGGGCGGCGGCUCUAUGAUCCGCGGUGGAGACUUCUCAAUGCUCAAGGUCUGGGUCGGCCUUGAAGCACGUAGCUUCUUACAAGCUUCAAUCGAUACAGUCGAGCGUUGCGUCAAAUAUGAUCAAUUGUCGCCCAACAUCUAA